AUGUCAUCCAACAGACAGGUUGAACGAGGUACGGGUGAAAACGUCUCGCACGCUACCGGCCCAUCCAAGGUUCCUGAGGGUCUGCAAGAGUCCGUUCCUAAGGGUGUUGAGGAAACCCUUCCUGAUUCUAUCCAUCCAACUGGAAACAACCCUGGACAGUCAACCAACAAGUCUCAUGCCAAGGGUGGUGGUAAAGAAUCUGUAGUACCACAGAAACUCCAAGAGAUACUACCAGAGUCGGUCGAGAGAGCUGUGCCCAACGCCAUUCACGACACAGGAGAUGCACCAGUCAUGGGAGACAAGAAAUAG